AUGUGUGCAAGUGCUGAUGAAUCAAUUGAACAUUUAGAAGGUGGAUGUACAGGUAUGAAUAAAUUCGGUAGAAUCACUCGUCAUGACAUGGUUGUUACUGAAAUCAUAAAAUCACUUAUUAAACGUUAUGAAAUCCCCCACAUCACAAACUUCAAGGCACCCAUCUUCUCAAACUCUUUAAAGGAAAACAAUCAAACCAUCAUCAAUGUUGAAAUAAAAAAGGUUUUGUUUUUCAAAUAA